AUGACUCAAGCCGAGAUGGAGAAAGAAACCCCCCCUGACGAGACAUUCUACUACCUCGUCCCAUUGCAAACAAAAGGGUUCAAUCUACGCACAAAGAAAUGGUUAGAUCUUAACAUGGAUCAAAUAGGCCCAGUCAUCUGGAACGAGAAAGCGUUUGACUCCUUGGUCCUCAAUAAAGACAGGAAGACGAAGGAGUUGAUUACAGCUCUGGUAAGCAAGCAAAUCUCACCCUCAAAGUCGACCGACGUAAUCGCUGGGAAAGGUAAUGGCCUCAUCCUUCUGCUUCACGGAGGGCCAGGUACCGGCAAGACUUUGACAGCAGAAAGUGUAGCCGAGCUUGCAAAGAAGCCUCUAUACCGGGUAGGCAGACCAUGCGUGACCUGCGGUGACGUUGGUACGAAAGCCGAGGAAGUGGAAAAGUAUCUGGAGUCGGUGCUGCACCUUGGCAAACUAUGGGACUGCGUCGUGCUACUCGACGAAGCAGAAGUAUUUCUUGAACGAAGAAGCUUAGACGACCUUCAAAGAAAUGCGCUUGUCUCUGUAUUCCUACGCGUGAUCGAGUACCACGAAGGAAUCCUGAUCCUCACCAGCAACCGCGUAGGCACAUUUGACGAAGCGUUCCGAUCGCGAAUCCAAAUCGCCGUCCACUACCCUCCCCUACGUGCCUAUCAGCGACAGCAAAUCUGGCGGAACUUCUUCGAUCGGCUUGAAUCGUUCAAAGACGGAUCAGUCGAUGUAGACGAGCUUCGGGAUCACCUCGAGGAGCUUCAAGCCAUCGAGAUAAAUGGACGACAGAUACGUAACGCGAUCACGACGGCUCGGCAGUAUGCGGAUUGGAAGGGCAAAAUUAUGACGUUUGAACACUUGAGGAUUGCCCUGGAUGUUGCGGCUGAGUUCAACGACUAUUCUGAGAAGCUGCGAGGUGGUUUGACAGACGAUCAAAUCGCCGACGAGGAGGGCAUACGCUGA